CGCGUUAGAAAAGUUGCAUCUAGAAAUGCAACGAAUAUUUCUUGAUAUAAUCUUUAGGUUGAUCUCCUUGUAGUUUAAAAGGCUGCGUCUAACUAAUGGUAAAUAAGAUGGAAUUAGAGCUCGUACAAGGCUUUUAGUCGCCAUGUUGGCUAACCCGGUGCGCACGCUCCUAGUCAUCAUUACACAACAUAUCAACUUGAAAACUACUUUUACCGCUGUUAAGAGUAAACAGAGAAAAUUCACGUGGAAUUUUAGCAAAUCCACUAAAAGGGACAAAAUGAGUGAAGGUGGCCGUAUUCUUGCACAGUUCAAGAGUGAGCUUGGAGAGCUCAUUGGUACACCAUUUGACCUUCCUCUUGAUAUUACUCCUGAUAAAUUAGAAUUAGUUUGCAAUGCAGUGCUGCAAAAGGAUGAAAGCGUACCUUACUCUUUCUAUGUGAAUGAGUCAGAAAUUACAGGCAGUCUCAAGGAAACAUUAGAAACCCAAACAUUAGAAACAGAGAAAGUUGUAGAGAUUGUGUAUCAACCCCAGGCUGUAUUUAAAGUUCGAGCUGUGACAAGAUGCACCAGCACAAUUCCAGGUCACUCUGAGGCUGUCAUUUCAGUGUCAUUUAGUCCUGGUGGCAGAUAUUUGGCAAGUGGUUCAGGAGACACAACUGUUCGGUUUUGGGAUGUGAACACAGAAACACCUCAUUUUACUUGUAAAGGCCAUACACACUGGAUUUUACAUAUAGCGUGGUCUCCAGAUGGGAAGAAGUUAGCUUCUGGCUGUAAAAAUGGUGAGAUUAGAAUAUGGAACCCUGUUGAUGGAAAGCAAAUAGGAAAGACUUUGAAAGGUCAUUUGCAGUGGAUUACUUGGCUCAGCUGGCAACCACUUCAUAG